GCAAAAUGCAACACUGCCGAAAUGUCGACAUCCACCUUAUUUUUCUCCGCUACUUCUUGAACACUCAUUUUUGUUUUGUUUAAUUGUUUAACAGCAUACAAAGCAUUUGAAAUAGCAUUAUAACUAGUGUAAUGUAAUUACUUUGUUAGCGCUUAAUCCAAAGUAAAGGUCAAACUUGUGACCUCCGAACAAAUUUAGAAAUUUUCUCGUGCACAAAUUUUCCACCCACUCAUUCACACCUAUACAAAAUUAGGCAGACGUAUCCGUUGGAAACCAGCUGCUAGUAUUUACGCCAACAGCAUUGGCGUUUCACGUGCGUUUAUUACCGCUAGCGAUAACUCGUUCGAUUAUGGACAGCUGUAAGAUGCUUCCAAGAGUGUCACGUCGCUUGGUCGCGUUUGAUUUCGAUUGCACCGUAGUGGAUGACAACACAGACACGGUGGUUCGCGAUCUCCUGCCAGUCGACAACUUCCCCAGUGAAACCAUCACACAAAAGGAGGGUUGGCAGGAAUACAUGGCUGAAGUUUUCCGCCGUUUGCACAAGCAAAGCAUUUCACCACAAACAAUACGCGACAAAAUACGCUGCAUACCGGAGGUACCUGGUUUUGUUCGUUUGCUCAAGCGGCUGCAUCAAGCGCAGGAAAAUAAAUAUGACUUGGUUAUUAUUAGUGAUUCAAAUACCAUCUUUAUAAGUGAAUGGCUGGAAGCGCAUGGACUAGCAAAUUGCUUUGAAAACAUAUUUACCAACCCAGCGCAUUUUGACAAUGACGGCUUACUGCAUGUGCAACCUUAUCACCAUCAGACCGAUUGCAAACUGAGCGCUGCCAACUUAUGUAAGGGUAAGAUAUUGGAGCAUUUCGUGGCCAAGCGAAAUCUGCGCGAUAAUACGCACUACGAAUGUAUUAUUUAUGUUGGUGAUGGCCACAACGACUUGUGUCCAGUGCUGAAGCUGCGGCAAGGCGAUAUAGCAUGUCCUCGGCAAGAUUAUGCGCUGGACAAAAAAAUAACAGCGCAUCGCAAUAAAAUGAAUUUGCGCGCGGAUGUCAUUAAGUGGAAAAGUGGUUUUGAAUUGUUGAAACAAUUGGCUGAACGUGAUGCCGCACUAAAUGAUACGGAUGCAGGCAAGACGUCGACGGAAUCAACAAAGCAGUAGACAGUCAAUUGUGCGACAUUAGAAUGUGUGCAAACCCACUGAAUUAACUGCAUGCUGAUAAAAUUCUAUUAAGUGCUGUGUUAGUGUGUGCUAAGCAAGCUAUUUGUGUAUUUUUUCAAAGAUUUCUGUGUAUGAAUGUUAAUGUUAAUGUGUAUAUCAAAUCUCGAUACAGUUAUCCAAGUACUUUCCAUAUUGUAGCCAAAUGAUAUCUACGUGACCAUAGGUCGCGGUGCAUACCUCAAAAUUAAUCUAUUCUAUUCUAUUCUAUUCUAUUUAUCUACUUGUAUACAUACAUUUGUGUACUAAGUGUUUGGUAGCGAGCGUUAAUAAAAAUUGUCAUAUGCUCGCCAUAAAUAUUAUCUUAAUACAUACAUAUACAUUUAUUGCACCUGAACGCUAAAUUGGAGUGAAUGAGCGGUUUAUGUACAAGUGGUUAACACGGGAAUCUCUAUUUACAGUGUUAAAUAUUACAUACAUACAUAAUAUAAAUAUAUUUUUAGAUGUUUUAGCUGCGAAUUAUUGCAAUGAAUAAAUGACUGAAAAGCACUGCAAACAUAUUUAA